UCUGGUUACGGUUGUCCUAGGGGAAGGUUCCGAGUCUCGUGUCCGCGUUGAUACGGGAUCUCGGUUCUAUAAAAGCUUGGUAAAUCUGGUGGGUCGAGUUUAGUGCUUGGGGUGUCGUUCUUAAGUAGAUUGGCUUAGUCGAUUUUGAGAUUCGUAGCGCGAUGGAUGGGAAGAUGUUGGUGGUAGCGAUUUUUGUUCUUGUGGAAAUGGGGCUUAGUUUAGGGGCUGCAGCCAGUGGCCAGUGCGUGUGUGGAAUUCGGCAAUCCAGGAACGAUUCAGUGGUACCGGGGGAGCAGAUUGAACCUGGCGAGUGGCCCUGGCAGGUGGGAAUCUACUGGUGGCAAGGCUCGAAACUUAAUCCCCCUAGUCGGAUUUGCGAAGGUGUUCUGAUGAAUGGUGAAGGAUGGGUUCUGACGUCUGCCAAUUGUUUGAAAGAUACCCAUGGGAAUGUUCUGAAGACAGCCGGAAUGGUUGGCCAUGUGGGACUGGUGGCAUUGCAGCAGAACACUGAAGGAUCCCGGAGGUUUGGUGUUGGCAAUGUGAAGAUCAAUGACGAGUUAGAUUUGGCCUUGGUCCGGUUGAAGGUCGAAGACGAUGAAGAGUGGGAAGGAAUGCCGAUAUGCUUCACUUAUGAGAUGGAAGAAUGGGAUCUACUUUAUGGUCGAUAUGUUUACGUACUUCAACAAAGCCAUCGACAUCGCUUGGGUGGAUUCGAGAUCGUGAAGCUGCAGCUGGAAAAGGAAGUCAUCUGUCACGGACUCACGUUGACAGUUAAGGCGAAGGCCAUUUCCGAUAACAACAUCAAGCUCAAAACUAGAGGUACCCACUAUCGGGACUCGGCCCGCGGAACCCCCCUCUACAUCUACAAACCGGAAGGCUGGAGUUUACUGGGGAUCUCCAACAAGGUUCAACCCUCUCUUCCUGGAAAACUCUGCCAACCGGGGGACUACGAAUCCUUCCUCAGCUUCAGCGUCGAUCAGGUUCACGAAUGGAUCGCAUCCGAAUUGGACGAAGGCUUCAACAGUGUGGAAACUUCAACGGAGUAGUAGUUAGUGUUAAUUCUACGCGGUGUCAAAUUGAGCCAAACGAAGGAGCAAAAAAAGGUUCGCUGGCCUCUUUCCAGCCCGGUGAUUUACAGUCAUUUCGCUAAGCCAAAAAAGCAAAACCAACAGCACAAAUAAAUAAACCUUUACAAUAAAACAAAAGAAACCAUAUUUUU